CUAAUUUUCUAACAGCCAAUAAACCAAAAAAUAAAAAGAGGAAACAAAAUGCCGCCGGUUGGGUGAGUGAGUGGAGGGGUUUUUGUUUUUGGGUGAAAGGAGAGGAAAGAAAUUAUUUAGGGAGUGCCGCCGGUUUGUGAGAGAGCUGCCAGUUAGUGAGGGGGAAAGGAGGGGCUGGUGCUGCCGGUUUGUGAGAGAGAAGGAAGGGCUGUGCCGCCGGUUUGGGAGAGAGCUUAGGAGGGAUAAAGCCACCGGUUUAUGAGAAAGCCAAGGAGGGAUAGUGUUGCCGGCGUUGAGAGUGAAGGACAAAGGAUGGAGGAUGCAAUCAUGGUGAGAAAGAGAUCUGGUGAAGGGAAAGAAAUGGGAGCAUAAGUGGCGGAAGAAAGAGGAAAGAAGGGGGAAGGUAGAAAGUUUUAUACUUUGAGCAGAAAAGUGCUGCUUCCAGAGGAGUAAAAUCACUCCUUUGAUCUUCCAACAGUGCCAUUAGCAAGAGGGUGUCCGGCGGGUUACAACAAACUACUUGGGUCACCACCUAAGCCCAAGCUAGGACAAAAAGGGAGAGAAGUCUUUUCAAGCGAUGAACAAAGGUACGGGAGUGGGAACUGGGCCAACGGCGGCGGCUGCAGCGGCAGCGGCACAGAAGCAAAAAACUAUGAUGCAGAGAGUGGAAACCGACAUCGUCAACAUCGUCGACAAUUUCACCCAGCUUGUUAAUGUUGCCCGGGUAAAUGAUCCACCAGUUCGAAAUUCACAAGAAGCUUUCAUGAUGGAGAUGCGUGCAGCCAGAAUGGUCCAGGCAGCUGAUUCUUUGCUUAAGUUGGUGUCGGAGCUGAAGCAGACGGCAAUCUUUUCAGGAUUUGCAUCUCUUAAUGACCAUGUGGAGCAAAGAAGUGUUGAGUUUGACCAGCAAGCAGAAAAAACAGACCGAAUGCUGGCCAGGAUUGGAGAGGAGGCAGCAGCGAGCCUCAAGGAGCUUGAAUCUCAUCAUUAUUCUUCUGCACGGAGGACAGCCGAAUCUCCUUAGCCCAUAGAAACAGCUUGUUGUAUGUCUUGAAACGAGACGCGUACCAUGGCUAAUGAUGCUACAUGAACUUGGUUUCACCUCCUUCUCUGAUGAGGGCCAUGCUGAAAGUGAAAUGGCCCCAACAUAACCAAAAUGUUGGUGUUUGUCAAGUUCUUGAUGAAGAUUUGUUUUAUACACUUAAAAGUAACAAGAAAUCUGAUUCCGAUAUCUGAGGACAUGAUUUAGGACUCAGAAAGAAAUCCUUUCAUGUGUUAUACUUGCGAAAUUGUAAAUCUGGGAAGCAUAUAACAUGUUACACCUGGGAAAUUCAGAAGAUUA